UUAUUCUAUCAGUAUUUAUCCUUCACAGAGAGGCACGGACUAGCCUAUCUGUGACGCGAGCGUCAGCAGGUCUAGUUUGGAGGCUACCUACUGUACCAGUCAGCAUGGCAUCAAAGCACAUGAAACCCGACACGUUGGAUUUCUUGAAGAAAUUUAGAAGGUUAUUGAACAAUCCAGAUAUAAAGUCAUUUCAGUGGAGUGAAGAUGGAAAGUAUGUGGUUGUCAACUGGACACUUUGUGAAGAAGACAGAAGAAAGCACAGGAAAGCCAUGGCGAUAUUGAAGAAGGCGAAGGACACCACGUCUCUUCGAAGGCUCUUGGGUUGCCAUGGUUUUAAAAAGAUGGCAAGGAGGUCCAAUUCAGAUGUCCUUGUGUUUGAGCAUCAUGAUUUUGUUCAGAGAGGAGGGGACAUCAAAAGAUCAAAAAGUUCAGGGUCAGGUUAUCAUGUGGGAAACACGGAAGAGAGUUCACCCUGUAUGUCCAGUGCUGUGUUCUUAGACAUGUGCUUCUCUCCAAUAAAGAGGAAAAAUGCCAGAAGUCUCUAUCAGUACAUAAACUACAACAGUCAAGCACCAGCAGAACCUCAAGAUCCUCCUCAGCACGAUCCUGUCUCAGACCCACCAUGUAGGCCUACCUCUCUAUCGCUGGCUGAAGUCCAGAGGCCAGAAGAACUUGAUCCAGGUCAUUCCAUCACAGCAAAUGAUCGAGAAACAGAAAAGAGUUUGGGUUUGCUGUCAGAGGAGCGUCCUCUACAGGAGAGCCUCCUUAACCUCUGCCAGACUAGUCUGCUGCCUCCACUGUCUCCUCACCCUCAUGAUGUGGGAGUGUCAGACGAUUUGAUCAGCUGAGUGUGUCACCAAAGACUAAACACAACAGCGACUGUGAUCAACGCCACCUUGCCGCAGCUUUUAAUA